AUGAGUCUUGAAGAUGUGCUCAAAGCGCAGGAGCUGGACUUGGCAAGAGAAGCCGAGGUGGUCAGGGUGCUCAAUUGUGCUGAAGGAGACUACUUUGCCGUUUUGCAAAUCAACCCGUUGCAUGAGCCCAGCAGCAUAGAUACCAGGGUGAAGAAAGCAUUCAGAAGGAAGUCAUUGUUGAUUCACCCAGACAAGGUGAAACAUCCAGAGGCUUCCAAGGCUUUUGAUUUGUUAAAAAAGGCAGAGUCGGUAUUGAACGAUCAGGAGAGCAAAGAAAGGGAGGGUUUGGUUGGAGUAUAUGAGACCAUAGCCAACAGUCUAGAUAUAGACGUCAUUGAAGACUUUGACAGUAAGGAGAAUGGCCUAAUACGGGAGAAGGUGGCUCAGACUCUAGAGCAUCAAAAGAAGGACAGAGAGGUGGAGCGAUUGUACCAACAAAGAGAAGAAGCUCAGAAGAACGAAGAAGUCAAGAAUGCUGCCAAUGAUCGAGAACUACGAAAGAAAUGGGAAAACCGCUGGGAGAACGACAGAGACACCAGGGUGGAACUGUGGAGAAAGUACAAGGUGGAAAAGAAGAAAAAGAAGAAGCCCAAGAAGGUGCUUGUCUAA